UCGUCUUCUUCCCCGGCCGACAAUGACCAGAAAAAGAUGUCAAACGGGAAGCCCAUCAUCAUAUAUAACAAAUUCAGCAGCAGUGGUGGACAACGACGACGACGGCUCCUCCAAAGAGCAGUUAGAUCGGUUCCUCCCCAUCGCCAACGUCAGCCGAAUCAUGAAGAAGUCGCUGCCCGGCAAUGCCAAAAUCUCCAAGGAAGGGAAAGAGACGGUGCAGGAAUGCGUGUCUGAGUUCAUCAGCUUCAUCACCGGCGAGGCUUCCGACAAGUGCCAGCGGGAGAAGCGGAAGACCAUCAACGGCGACGACCUUCUCUGGGCCAUGACUACCCUUGGCUUCGACAACUAUCUUGCCCCCUUGAAGCUCUAUCUCAACAAGUACAGGGAGACCGAGGGGGAGAGGAGCUCCUCCUACACGCCCAGCCGCCAUGUCCAUGUCGCCCCCGGAUACCAGCACCAGAACAAUAUUUCCGGCGGCUUAUCAGUCAAUAAUCUUCAGGGUCGACGUUUCAUGGACGACGAUAAUAGUAUUGAUGCUAUAAAGAGCUAUGGGAAUGGUAAUUGUAAUUGUAAUGGUAAUGGAGAUUAUCAUCUGGUAAGUAGCAGUACCACUACUGGUGCUUUAAUUUGAUGAUCAUAUGGGCAUGGUGGCCCAUGAGCUUUGGAGCUCAAAGAACUGCUAAGAUGGCUACGGCAGCUCAUCAUCUUCAUCAUGGGGUUGAGUGAUAACUAGCUAGGGAUGAUACUAAUAAUAUCAAGAGUCCUAUAUAUAUAUUUGCUAUAUAAUAGGAGAACACUUGAAAUCGAUUAUCUAUAAGAUAUAUACGUGCCUCUAAGCAACUGAUCAAAAAA